UUCCGCCUCUCUCCCUUCUCGCUGCUGCCAAGAGUCGCUUCCCGGUGGUGUUCGGGCGAAGUGGGUGCUGGUCCGCGGCCUGGUCGCCAUGCCCCAGAAAAUCGAGGAGAUCAAGGACUUCCUGCUCACGGCCCGGCGGAAGGAUGCCAAGUCCGUCAAGAUCAAGAAGAACAAGGACAACGUGAAGUUCAAGGUGCGCUACAGCCGCUACCUCUACACGCUGGUCAUCAUGGACAAGGAGAAGGCCGAGAAGCUGAAGCAGUCCCUGCCCCCAGGCCUGGCCAUGAAGGAGCUGAAAUGAACCGGAGAAGCGGCUGGAACUGCAUUAAAGUGUUAAAGUGCUUCCC